AUGCUGCAGCUGUCAGUAUAUCUUACCUUGGGUCGCCGUGCACUGGGACUCACGCUUCCCUGGUGCCCACUUCCAGUGAUCAUUGCAUCGCGCGUGGCGCUCAUCCUCAGCGACGUUAUCGUGCUGUGUUUUACCUGGACGGCCACACACGCGUACCGCAACCGUGACAUUCUGCGUGGAUUUGGGAGGACGACGACGCUUGCAGAGGUCCUGUACAAAAACGGCGCAAUCUACUUCCUAGUGCUCACGACGCUAAACAUACUCUACCUAGUGGUCAUCCUACUCGAGGAUGCGCUGGGUAGCGGCGCACGCGAGAGUAUGGGCAUUUUUGCGGACUUCAUCACGAUCACAUACGACAGCUUCACGACGAUCCUCAUCGUCCACUUCCUCGUGCGCCUACAGGAGGCCGCGUGCCCAGAGUCAGACAGCGCGUUCUUGGAAAGUGAGGAUUGGGAGGACAUAGGGACGCUGCAAUUCGCGCGGGUAGAUGUGGACUCAUGGGCGAGAGAAGCGGAGUUGGGGACGCCUUCGAGCGCGGAGGUCGCAGUGGAAGAGGGGACAUAG